CCCGGGAGCGUGGUCUCUCCGGGGGGCGUGGUCUCUCCCAGUCAUGGAACGGGCCUGUCCUCCAGUCGGGUGCUGCUACGUCCUCUCCUUCCUUCGUGAUGUCAUCCGCGACCCGACACGUGGCGCACCGUUGGCACCGCCCCCCCCGUAGGUCCGUCCUCCUCCAUCUUCGGCCGGCGAGCGGAAGCUGGUCCUGGGCCGGGGGUGGUUGUUGCUGUGAUACCAGGGCCCGGUGGGGCGAUGGCGGCAGAAGGCGAGCAGCGGGGCCGGCGGCCCGUGCUCCGGAUGAGCGCGGAGGUGACGGACUCCAACCCAUACAGCCGGCUAAUGGCUCUGAAGAGAAUGGGUAUUGUUGAAGAUUAUGAGAAAAUCCGUCAGUUUGCAGUGGCAGUCGUGGGUGUUGGUGGGGUUGGAAGUGUGCGGCUGAAAUGUUGACAAGAUGUGCGCAUUGGUAAGCUUUUGCUAUUUGAUUACGACAAAGUGGAACUGGCCAAUAUGAACCGACUGUUCUUUCAGCCUCACCAGGCUGGUUUAAGCAAAGUGGAAGCAGCGAAGCACACUCUGAGGAACAUUAACCCUGAUGUUGAGUUUGAAGUUCAUAACUACAAUAUCACAACAGUGGACAACUUUCAGCAUUUCAUGGAUCGAAUCAGGAAUGGUGGGUUAAACGAUGGGAAGCCUGUGGAUCUGGUACUGAGCUGUGUAGACAACUUUGAAGCACGUAUGACAAUAAACACCGCUUGCAAUGAGCUUGCUCAGGUGUGGAUGGAGUCUGGGGUCAGUGAAAAUGCAGUCUCGGGACAUAUACAGCUUCUCAUUCCAGGAGAAACGGCCUGUUUUGCGUGUGCACCCCCACUUGUGGUGGCUGCGAACAUUGACGAGAAGACCCUGAAACGAGAGGGGGUCUGUGCGGCCAGUCUCCCUACCACUAUGGCAGUGGUGGCAGGCCUACUUGUACAGAAUGUCCUGAAGUACCUUUUGGGCUUUGGUUCUGUGAGUUAUUAUCUUGGUUACAAUGCAAUGCAAGAUUUCUUCCCAACAAUGAUGAUGAAGCCAAAUCCAAAUUGUGACGAUCGAAGUUGCAGACUCCGACAGGAAGAGUACAAGAAAAAAGAAGCAGAACAACCAAAGGACAAAUUGGUGGUGGAGGAGGAAGAACAGGUUAAACAUGAAAAUAAUGACUGGGGUAUUGAACUGGUUUCUGAGAUCUCUGAUGAGGAAUUGAAGGCUGCUUCAGGCUGUGUUCCAGAUCUUCCUGAGGGAAUCACAGUAGCUUACACAGUGCCUAAUAAGAUGGAUAAUAGUGACGUCAUUGGUGAUACAGUGCAAGAGACAGAAGAGAGUCUGGAGGAUCUCAUGGCUGCAAUGAAACGCCUAUAACUAUUUGCUAUUCACAGUCGAGUUCACUGAUUGGAUCUUAUAACCCAAGGCCCUCAUUCAGUACAUCUGAAUCAUGGUGUCUACAGCCCGUAGUGCUGGUGAAUAUAAUUAAACUAUUUUAAAUCCUGUCUUUCACCCUGAGUUUUUAUCCCCUUGAGGACUGUGCUCCAUUGUCAUCACUUCUUUGCAUUCCCUAGGAAGCUGUUAUGUUGUAAAUGUCAGACUAUGUGUAAUUAAACUGUGCAAACUUGAGUAAUGUAA